AUGCCACGAUUCUUUUCCAAGCCUGUAGUUCGAGCCAUUAUUGGAACCGCCUCUUGGAUUCCCGUGAUAGUCUUUUGUCUGGACCAUGGGUACACCUUAGGUUCUAUAAGUGGUCGUUCAAUGCAGCCGACUUUUAACCCCGAUUCAAACAAACUUA